GCCAAACCUACUUCAGCAUUCUAGAAAACCGUUACAAUACAACUAAAUCGCUAUCAAGGAUUUUUCACUAUUAUAAAAAGUUCCCGCACAAGCCCACCUAUCGUGCGAUAAAUACCAUCUCGGCACUCAAUCAGCGUGGACAUUCAAAGCCAGCCUCCGGAGAAGGCGUCCUUGACAUCUCCUUGGCCGCUUUCGCUCACUUCAGAAUCACGAGCCGAGGAACCCAACCUGAACCCGACAACGCGCCACUGAGUGUGUCAAAUUCAAACGACCAGCUCUGCAGAGGGUGAUAGUUGGGGAUCCAGGUAGUAGCUUCUCGACAAUAACACAAUGGCGACUGUAUCGCCUCCCAAGCCAUGGGAGAGGAAUGGAGGUGUGGGCGCAAGUACAGGUUCGUGAUCCUUAUUAUGUCAAGGCAUGUUAUUUCUCGAUCGACAGACUACUGAUUAUGUGCGAUUCUAUAGCUUUACCUACUUCUACUGUCUCUGCUACUAGCGCCGUUUCCGCUCCUGCGGCAACUUCGUCGUCGAGUGCUCCAGCGAUUCCUGAACGCCCUUCUACACUCGCGAGUGCGGUAAAUAGAAAUGCGACGGCAUACUCGCCGUACGGAGCAACUGGUAUGGGCGGUAUAGGAUCGCCUUAUGGUGGUGGUAUUGGCUCUGCAUAUAGUUCACCCUAUUCACGAAUGGGCGGUAUGGGUAUGGGCGGAUAUGGAGGCGGUAUGUACGGUGGGAUGGGCAUGGGAGGUAUGGGAGGGAUGUAUGGAGGCGGGAUGGGCGGGAUGUAUGGUGGAAUGGGAGGCAUGGAUCCCAAUAAUUCACAGAGUUUGACUCAAGGUUUUACGCAGAGUACACAGGCGACUUUUCAGAUCAUCGAGGGUAUCGUUGGUGCUUUUGGGGGGUUUGCGCAGAUGUUGGAGAGUACAUAUAUGGCUACUCAUUCCAGUUUCUUCGGUGGGUUACCUAGUCAUCGAAUUUGAUAGGAUAACGCUGACUUUUAUAGCAAUGGUAUCUGUAGCGGAACAGUUUGGGAAUCUAAAGAAUACUCUAGGUUCGAUGCUGGGAAUCUUCACCGUCCUCCGAUGGCUACGAACACUUUUCGCAAAAAUCACAGGUCGACCCCCACCAGCCGAUGCAAUGGCUCUAACCCCCAGCGCAUUCGCAAGCUUUGAAGGACGAAAAUUCAUUCCAGACGGUUCCCCAGCAUCAGCACCACGACCCAGCAAAAAGCCUUUCCUCUUUUUCAUCGCAGCCGCUUUUGGUCUCCCCUACCUCAUGGGAAAACUCAUCAAAUCUCUCGCCGCCUCACAAGAAGAGGAACAGCGAAGGUUGAUGGCAGCAGGAGGACAAAUCGGUCCAGACGGUCAAAUGAUAGAGGCACCCCUUGACCCCUCCCAAUACGAAUUCUGUCGUGUAUUAUAUGAUUUCACGCCCGAAUCAGCAGCCACAGUCCAAGGAAUCGACCUGGAGGUCAAGAAAGGUGAUAUCGUUGCAGUAUUGAGCAAGAGUGAUCCGAUGGGGAACCCAAGCGAAUGGUGGAAGUGCAGAUCUAGAGAUAAGAGGAUGGGAUAUUUACCUGGAGUUUAUCUUGGACCGGUUAAGAAGCCGAUUGCGGAGAUCAAGAGUGCUAGUCAGAGUGGAAGUCGGACGAGCAGUCUUACGAGUUCGAAGGCCCCUGCUGUUGCGGGAAAGGCCGGUGAUAUUGGGGUGGAGAGUUUCCAGAAGAGUCAAUUUUACUCUUAGUUUUCCGUCUUUUUCUUUUUUUGCGACCCAAUCGAAGGAUUCCCUUUCUAUUACCUUUUUAAUGAGGUGAGAGGCAUGGGGCGCUUUGUUUCUUUUCUUUUGUCUUACUAGUUGGGGGUGCUUCAUCUGGUCUUCUUAGCGUUUUCUUUGGAAAAGUUUGGCAGGGGAUAAUGGGUUGAUGAUGGAGAGCUUUACCUUGUUAUGUGGUCUGGUAGUAUUCGGAUCGGAUCGGAGCGGAGCGGAUUGGAUGUGGGGAAAGAGGUGUAGAUAGGGUGGCUAUAAUGAUAGAGGGGUCUUAAUCACAUAAAAUGAAACCUGUACCCUUGGCCGACUCUGGCUUCUUCGCGUGGAGAAUCAGAAAGCUCGCUUAGCAAAAUUAUCAGUCCGGCUCCAGAGUAAGAUUUCAUAUCCUGAGAAGGUAAAUAAUAACGCAAAUGCAAUUUUUUUAAUUUUUCUAAUUUUUCUAAAACAGAUUGAAAUCCCCUAUCCCCUUUUUUCCAAGCCCGAGCCCAAGCAUACAUGUCCAUUAAAGGAACACGACCAGUGAAGGUGUGGUUCCGAAUCCCAAAUUACCAACAACCCGAAAAAAGAAAAAGAAAAACAAAAGUACAAACUCCAAAGAAAACAGACCAUUACCCAAUUUGCUGAGAACCAUUUUCAUCUUCCGUCUUUGUUUAAGCCUUUGAUCGAAGCGAGUGUGCGUGUUUUUCUUUCGGGAUGUAAACUAUCCAUCCUCACCUAUCCCCUUUUCGCCUUUCUCGUCUCGCCUCCUUAACCCUCCUAAUUCCCCUCCUCAACAUCCUUCUCCGCACCCUUCAUCUCCCUUGUCAUCUUCCAAAGACACGCCGCACAAACCGCACUAAAAGCAAACAGCACACAAAGCGCAAUACUCAGACCCCAAAUGGCCUUCAUCUCAAAACAGGUCGUCUUGCUGGCGCCCGCCCAGACCCAAUAGUUGACUUUCUUGACGUUCUCGCCGAUGGAGAGGAUGAAGGAGGAGGCGGUGCCGGCGUCGGGGAGCGCGGGACAGUCGAGGUAGGAGAGGGGCUUGCCGACGACGCAGGCGACGACGAUGCUGGCGAUCAAGAGGAGGGUGUCGAAGGCGCUGGUGAGGUGCAGGGGGAGCUGGUUGUCGUGGUAGAGGAUGUAGGUUAUGCUUAUGUAGAGAGCUGAGAUGCAGGU